UUGAAACUAUCGCGCAGACUCUUCCACUUUCGUUGUAAUGUGGCAGCUAUAAAAAAUCGUAUUAUUAUUCAACAAUACUGUAUUAAACGACGUACUAUCGUGGUGCAUCUACAGCGAGAAUGAUAGUCAAAGAAACAUGCCAACUAAUUUGGAAUAGGUUGAAAGCUAUAUGUAUACCAGAACCAACGAGAGAUAUGUGGAACGAAAUAGCUAAUAUUGGUUGCUACGGCAAAGCAUCGGAUUCAACUAUAUUUACAGAGAGUGAAUUGUUUAAAAGAAUUGAAGACAAAUCUAUUAAUAUACCCCCAGAAAGACCAGUUGGUAACUGUCCAGCACUAAAUUAUUCAUUUGUUGGUGAUGAAGCAUUUGGUUUAUCCGAUCACAUGUUGAGACCUUAUGCGGGAAGACAUUUGUCUUCAGAUAAAAAAAUAUUUAAUUAUAGGCUGAGUCGUGCUAGGCGCUGCAUAGAAUGUGCAUUUGGUUUACUUUCCAACAAAUGGAGAAUACUUCAUCGCCCAUUAAAUACAUCUAUUAAAUUCUCGGAAGAUAUCGUAAAAACGUGUUGCAUUUUGCACAACUUCGUUCGUAAAAGAGAUGGUUACAAUUUCAAACACACGCUGAAUGUAGUCGGAUUCGAAAAUGUAGAAGAUACAGGUAUACCAACUUUACGAUCAUGUACUACACGAGACAUAUUAAAAGAUUACUUUAUGAAUGAAGGAUCAAUACCAUGGCAAGAAAACAGAAUGUGAAUAAAUACGAUACAAAAUAUUUCAAAUGUUAACUAA